AGGGCGGGCGGCGGGGUCCGUGUGAGGGAGCGGACCCGGCGCGGCGUGCGGCCGCGGGAGGCGGUGCGCGGAGCGAGGGCGAAGUCGGAGCGAAGAGCCGGGCAGCGGCGCUCACGGCGAGACCGGCGCUCCGAAACGCCAGGGAGAGACUGUGCCCUCCCGGCAGCGGGGCUUAGAAGCGGACGAAGGCUGCUCUCUACUUUUUAAACAUCGCCAUUUGAAAUGGUGGUUGAUGCGUUUGGGAGAACGAUCAGGUGUUCUCCCGGUAUUUUCCGAGUCUGCGUUAUCAGGUCUGCGUUAUCGGAACCUUCUGCUCUUGAACUGUCGACCCUUGCCAGUAGGUAGUGCUGCUUUGUGCGUGUUUUCCUCCCGAAGUUUGUCCUAGCGGCGGAUUCAUCACGAAGCCCCCGAGCUGACGUUGGCUGGGCUCAUCCUGUGCUGCGCUUGGAAGGGUCCUCAGAGCCCAUCCACUCCCAGCCCCAGCCGUGGGCAGGGCUGCCCUGCACCGAUCAGGCUGUAGGUCGGGUUGAAGCGCAGGCACUGGUGAACGUAACGCAAGCAUUGGUAACUCAGUGCUUUCUCUCUCAGUGAGACAAAAGCCUGUCCCCAGGUUUCCCCGUGCCCCCCGCGAGGGAGCUGCAGGCCGCUCUUUUGUGACCAUAAGGGCUGCGGGGAUUAAUUUUCAGAGUUAAAAAUAACCUUUUACAGCUGCUUGAUUCAAGUCCAGCGCAAUCAUGAGGUUGGGAGCCACAAAUACUGCUCCUCGUGCCCGAGCUCUCCUAGCACAGAUUUGCGAGCUGAGAAGAAAACAAAAUGCUCCUCUAUCUGGUUUCAGGUGAAUCGUUUCCUGAACGCAGGGCACACAGGUUUGCACAAACCUUUUGACCAGCGAAGCCAAGCUGCUUCUGUUUUAGAACACAUUUUCUAAGGGAACUGUGAAUUCUGACUCUCUUAAACGGUUCUGAGAUAUAUCUGUAUGUAAAAGGGAUUGGAAAUUAGAGUCCCGUAACGAGUGUGGGAGAGCAUUAAGGAUAGCUGCAGGUAGGCAGCUUAGGGUUUUUUUCCCCCCUAAAUUUUAAUUGGUUACAAUCAAAAUGGAGACCUACGUAGAGAAACAGUUUGGGUUGGCUGGUAGGUCUGUUUCCUUAUGGUACGAAGCCUGCGUCACAGAUCUUGUUUUAUGGAGACGUUAUUGGUACCUGCGUUUUCCAAACUGACAGAUAGGAAGGUCAGCAAAGGCUUACUGUAUUUCAGAAUAAUGGCUCUACUGCUUGUCAGCACCAAGUUAGAAGAAUUAGUUUGUUUUGCUGGCGAAACAAGGCUUAAGUGGGAACAUCGUCCGUAUCUGUUUUCUUUUCCCUGCAGUAUCAUAGAAUCAUAGAAUGGCUUGGGUUGGAAGGGACCUCGAGAAUCAUGAAGCUCCAACCCCCCUGCUGCAGGCAGGGUUGCCAACCUCCACAUUUAAUACUGCCCAGGGCCACAUCCAACCUGGCCUUGAACACCUCCAGGGACGGGGCAUCCACAGCCUCUCUGGGCAGCCUGUGCCAGCACCUCACCACUUUGUUUCUUCACUACUGUGAAGAAUACUCCACUGUAUUCUUCACUAGAACUUCCCCCUGACAUCCAACCUAGUAACUUGAGGCUUGGCCAAUGGGAGCUAAAUUUGACAGAAGGAUAGAGGUUGGAAAAAGGUGAAGGCCCUCUAUGUUUCAUGAAAACAGGUGACUGUCAAAGAAAGUCUCUCAGCUCCUGCCCUUAGGCUGCAUAUGCUCAGGCUGUGUUAGAAUCCAUCUGGGAUCAACAGGAAAAAAAAAAACCCAAAAAACAAAACAAAACAAAAACCCAUCAGCCAACAAAACCAAGAGGGCUAGAUUUCAUAAGCAGUGUGCAGAUGGUGCAGUGGACCACCCAGCAUAAUUAGCUUUGAGCAGAGUGGAGCAGUGGUGUCAGGAUCAUGCAACAGCUGAGCUGCCCUUGUGGUUGCUGCUGCAACGUGGGGUUUUCCCUGAAUCUACGAGGGAACAUCUGUUUUAUUGCCCUGUUCUCAUCCUUGUGUGGUUUUUUUUUUUCUUCUAGGACGCUUUUCUCUUCUUACCAGGGCAUUUUAUCCAUUAUGUAAGGGUAAGUUAGCGCAGCUGGAGGGUGUAUUUUACAUGGAUUUAAUUCCUCAAAGAUGGAGGAGAGAACAUCUAUCAAAGGAAAGUGCUUUCCUUCCGUAGCCACCUUACUUUCAUUGGGCAGUGUGUUUCAGUUGGACUCUGAGCAGAUGUUGGUAAGAGAGAGACUAUGUUUGCUAAUGUAAUUUGAUUUAUGUUCUAGGGCAAUUAUUGAGCAUACACUGGAUUUGCAAACAGUAGGUACAAAAAAUGAUGGAGGCGGUGUUUAACUGUUCAUGACCUGAUAGGUGCAAUUCUGUCUUCUCAUGCUUUUUGAGUCAAUGUUUAAUUUGCCAGUUAGCCUGCAUCUCUACUUGAUAUUUCGACUGGACUAGAGACUUGGGAGGGAAACUGGCCAUGUUUAGAAAUACUUUGUAGAAAUGGAACUAUUAUUUUUUUUAAUUAACGACUAAUAUUUAACCUAAUUUUAAGUCGUUUUUUUUUCUUUGUUUAAUAUAAAGAGCAUGACCAAAUUAAUUUGUGUUGGUUGUAGUUUUUAUGGCCAUUAUUAGCCAGUUUCUUUGUUAAUGGUGAAAAGACUUGUCAUAUAGCCACAGUUAAAGGUCAAAAUUAGUUGGGUCUGGUACUGGCUGAGGUUUUUGGCUCCAAGGUUAGGUGUUAAUGAUAAGCUUGAGAUGCCAUCAGUAGACAAAAUCACUUUCAAAUACUUUGUGGUAGAAUAAUGAAAGACAGUUUACCCUGUAAGUUCAUCACUAUUUUUAGUUGUAUGAGGGAAUGCUGAAAGCUUGAAUAUCUUCCUGUUUAAUUAGAUUAAUUUUGUGAAUUUUGACAGCAAAGCUGCAUGCUCUGUGACUUGUUGGGAAUGUUUUUGUCCUGGGCACUGGAUUAAGAGUAGCUUUUCACUCUUUCCACACAGCUAAUUUUGCAGUUUGUUUACACAGUACUUCACACUGCAUGCUUUUAGUGUAUAAAUACCACUGGAGUCUUCUAAGUGCUUGUGAAUUUUACCUUUUAUAAUGUUAAGUAAAGCUUUAAGAUCAUCUCUGAAGUCUUUAAACUGUUUCAAGCAGCUUUUUGGCUUUACUUUUUGAGAUUCGUUGCUUCUUCAGCUUCUUCCCUGAAGUAGAUAAGUAAAAGGUUACAUUUUGUUCCUGUUUUACUUGUGUUUUUUAUUUAAUUAUGAUAUUUCUCCCUAGUAUUCUUCUAGUAUUCAACUGUUUUCAUCUCAGGGCACUUUUCAAGAUGGAUGUGGUCUUAAAUCUUUUGUAAUUCUCAGAGGGUGAACAUUUUAAAGAUAGGUGAAUUUUUCCUUGAGCUUACCUAAAACUUUAUAGUUCACAAUCUUAGAUGUCAAAUAAUACACUGGCAAAAAGAAACAUCUUCUGUGUAUGAAUCUGAGCCUUAUUGUUUUUUCAAUAAACAUAAAUGUGAUAGGCAGCUUGAGCUAUUGGCAGCAGUUGAAUUCAACUCCCCGUUUUAGGAUUUUAUUUUUUCUUUUAAAUAAAGUUCUUGCAGAGUGAUGGCUUUCAAACUGGCCCAUGGAGAACCUCCUAGUUGUGAGCAGAGAUCUGAUGUGUAACAUGAGAAGAACUCUGUCCCUUGAUUUCCCCUUGACUGGGUUCUAAAAUUUGAUGCGUAGAGCAAAGUGAGUGUUGGUAAAUUCUGUGCCCCUUUUUUGGGUAAUUGAAAAGCAAAAGGUGAUUUGCUGCUCUUUUGUACUUGCCAAUCUGAACGGUACUGCAAUCAUCUUACAUACAUCAGCUUUUAUUAGCCCUGUUUCUCUCCCAAGGUCAGGAUAAAUAAUCUUGUGAUACAGUCUAUUUCAGAGAAAGACUGAGAAAGACCACAGAAGUUGAAGGUUGCUGUGACUAAGACAGUAAUCCUGUAUUGAUUGCCCCUAUUUAUUACCCUCUAGAAGAAGAGGGUCAAAAAUGCAGUCGAGACUCUGAUUUUCAGUAGAGUAUGCAAAUACGUAUCCUUUAUUAUUUUUUUUUAACUUUCUGAAAGGCAUGAAGGCAAAAAAAUAGCUCGCCUACCACAAUCAGGGAAAGUUGCAUUCUGAUAGUAAUAUAUAUCUGUGAUACCAAUGGAAGUUACUGAAUACAUAAAAGUUAAAUUUGAGCUCUAACUGCAAACAAAUAAAUAAAUCCUUAUGCAGUAGAUGGAAGAGAGGCAGAUGACAUGAAAACAGUGCUAGUAAAGGACGCUUGGUAGUGCCCAGUGUCUGUGUUUAUGGCUCUAUUUUCACAAGGAAGAGCUCUUGGAAACCUUGCACGAGGAGAAGAGGAAAUGCAAAUAGUUUAAGCCUUUUACCAAAGGCUUAAACUCUCAUCAGAAUUUUAUCUAGCCUUGCCCACAGCUGGAAUUCAGACGAGCAAGUGUUUCCCUCUUCCCUUUCAUUUUUUCCCCAUGUUUCUGUGCGACGUGCUUUGAACUUUCCUGCUCAUGUGGCUUUUCCCCAGCAGAGUGCCUGGCCCAGGCAGUGGUGACAGAGGUUGUGGCUGCUCUCCACCGAGCCCAGCAAUCACAUCUCUGACCCCCUAGCCUCACGUGUAAACCCAUGUGCUGCUCUUGGCUCCUCCUGUUUGCUUUUUGUGUCUCUAUUUCAUCCUCCUUGUACCAAAGCUGAGAACGCACCUGUGUGUGGAGAGAGGGCUGCAGGCUGUCUCUGCUCAGACCACCAGCCUAGGCAACCCUGUAAACCAGUCAGCAGCCACAGUAACUCUUUAUUUUUCAGUUGCAGAGGCCAAACAGACUAGAAGACAACAGGAAAGUAAUUGAGAGUGCCUAGUGUCAGAGUUCAAGUAACACUACCUUGUUCGCUUUAGCAUUAUUUACAGCAUCCGUCAGAAACGCAAGGAGUGGUUUUUUAUCACAAUGCCCGGAGCAUUGGCCUGUGUUUAGUAAUUUACAGGGCUACAUGCUUGUGUGUUCCUCUUCCCAACAGUUUUCAGGCAGCAAUCUGUUUUCAUGUGUACUUUUUGCAAUGCGAGAGGCUAGGCCUUCAGCUCUGCGGCCUUUGGGGCUGUGAGAACAGGCAGGGUGUGCUGUGAGUGCGGCCUGUAUCACCUGGUGCAGGAGCCAGGGCAAGCUCUGCCCUGGGGAGCAGCAGUUAAACCCUGUGUUUGUAUGUGCCAGGUUCAAAAAGUAAACAAAUAAAUAAAAAGAGGAAGAAGAAAACCUACCCAGUUGCGGUGUUUGAUCUGGAAAAGCACAAGUUGGAAGUAAUUGAAGGACUUGAGUGCUUAUGCUUCCCUGGAUUAAUAAAUGCUCGGAGCAUUAGGCCCUUCUGCUGAAAUCAAGCUGAUCUGUGAGACUUCACUGCUGCAAGGGAAAGACUCUUUCUGCAGCACUUGGAGGAGCCCUCCUUCACCUCUUUUCUUGCGUGCUUACCCAAAUAAGUUCUGUUAACUUUUAUUUUGGAGGGUGAAAAGAAGCUUGUUGGGAGAGACUGACUACUGGGAGCUGCUUUGCAUCAAAACCUAUUAACGUAAUUCAGCAGAAUUCAACAAUGUCUGGUGUUAAGCUAAGACAUUAAGAUUCUGUUAGUAGCCUUCACAACUGACAGCUCUUGUCUAACAAAAACAUAGAUUUUAGCAAGGUCUAAGUGAAAGCAGCAACCUGCUAAACACCUGUGCUUCAAACUUGUCGAAAAAUCCUAUUAAGAUGUUGAGAAGGAUGUAAGGAAGUCCCCAGGUGUUCUGCUGAGAGCCACUGCUGGUGAGCAGUAGCCCCAUUCCCAGUGUCCUGUGCUGCAUCUGUCCUCUUGGGGAUGGACUGCUGCCCUGGCUAAGGUGCAGGACAUGGGGAUGAGGGUGUGUCAGAGUAGUUCUCAGGGUGCCUCUGCUCUUUGUUCUGUCCUAGGCAAGAAGACCACCCUUCUGCUACAGCUGGAGUGGACAGAUGGACAUGGGGACUCCUGUUUUCCAUCUGAAUCACCAUGCAGUGGUGGCCUGCUUGUCCAGUCAGCGAGUGUGCCUGCUGUAGUGCAGCUCCUGCUUUAUUUUUAUGAAAAUCCAAAUUGUUUUAUUGGCUCUUUUUUCCUCCAAAUUCUAAUGCCUGAGCAGCUGAGCUUAUAGCUACUAACUCUUCUUGCAAGUCAGUGUUUGCUCAAAACCAAUCUGCACUGUUGGCUACUUCCAGUUUCCAGUGAGAGCGUUGUCCAGUAGGUUAAAGUGUUUUGUCAAGCUGCUGCUUUUGCUGCCCAGGCUUGUUUUUCGUACUGCCUCUGUAUCUGUUGGGGAACAGAAGUAGCAAGCAGCAGUAAAAGGCAGCUCUGAACAUUCAGAGACAUGCAUCAUGCUCUGUCACUUUGUUCUGAAGAGCGAGCUUGUCACUCUACUUGUAAAUCCUUGAAUCCUACAUCAGUGUUUGUAUCUAACAAAGAUAAUGCAGCCUGAUACAGUAAGCACUUCAAACACAGCUCUGACAUAUAGGUAAGCAUAGCCACCAGUCACUCUUCUGAACAGUCCUGCAUUGGUUCCCACGGUCCCCAGGGGCCUCCUGAUGAGCAUCUCUGCAGGCAGAUGUGGGUUCAGGUGUUGUGUGUUCCUCUCCCUGUAUUCUCUGGAGGGUUCAGUUUGACAGAGAGCCUUAAAACACUCCUUACUGCAUACCUGCCCAGUUGUUCUGGUUUCCAGUUCAACGAAGACCUUCUGUUACAUCCCUGAAGCCUUUUAAGCUAUGAUGGAGGUCGCUUGGUGGGUGCCCUGGAUGCUGUGCUGGAUUCCAAUGCGCGCGUUGCUCCCUUCAGAAUCUUACUGCAAGUCCCAGGCUCACAGGUUUACUCUGCCAUUGCAUGUGGUGCCACUGCCGAGGAGAUAAAUCAGCACUGGGAAUGGCUGGAACAAAACUUGCUCCAUACUUUGUCUGUUUUUGACAAUAAAGAAGAUAUUGUUAGUUUUGUCAAGGGGAAAGUAAAGGCACUGAUUGCGGAGGAAACGAGCAGUAAGCUCGCCGAGCAGGAGGAAGACCCUGAAAAGUUCCGAGAAGCCCUGGUGAAAUUUGAGUCCAGAUUUAAUUUUCCUGAAGCGGAGAAGUUGAUCACCUAUUAUUCUUGUUGCUGUUGGAAAGGAAAAGUUCCUCGGCAAGGCUGGCUUUAUUUGAGUAUCAAUCAUCUCUGUUUUUAUUCCUUCUUCCUGGGCAAAGAAUUGAAACUCAUCAUUCCUUGGGUUGAGGUCCAGAAGUUGGAGAGAACCUCCAAUGUCUUCAUGACUGACACAGUCCGUGUCACCACGCCAAAUAAAGAGCGUGAUUUCUCCACGUUCCUCAAUAUCGCUGAGGCAUUCCGGAUCAUGGAGCAGUUGGCAGAUGUGACUCUCCGAAGGCUACUGGAUAACGAGAUCUUUGAGCUGGAUCCAGGCCUACAGGAUCCUACUCAGAUUACCAAGAGGGAUCUUGAAGCCAGAGCACAGAAUGAAUUCUUUCGGGCCUUCUUCAGAUUGCCCAGGAAGGAGAAGCUACACGAAGUUGUAGACUGUUCACUCUGGACACCAUUCAGUCGCUGUCACACAGUGGGAAGGAUGUAUACUUCAGACAGUUAUAUCUGUUUUGCCAGCAAGGAGAAUGGCUCCUGCAAUGUUAUCAUCCCACUUAGAGAGGUAAUCAGUAUAGAGAAGAUGGAGGACACAAGUCUACUUCCUAAUCCCAUCAUUGUUAGUAUAAGGAGUAAAACUGCCUUUCAGUUCAUUGAACUGAAGGAACGGGACGCUUUGGUGGAGAACCUACUCCAGAGGCUAAAAGAAGUGAACUCCAGCAACUCAGUGCACUGUAACAACCUGCAAAGUAAGAACCAGAAUACUCCUGUGUUCACGUCCACGUGUGUGCUUGGGGGCUGUGAGCCUGGCAGUCUGGGAAUGGAGGCUGCCCAAAGCAAGGAUGGAAGCGGAUGCAACAAGGAGAGCAGUUACUUGCUCAACGCUGAAGCACUGAGAUCAGACUUUCAUCAGUCAGGAAUGGCAGGCCUUGAUUUUGGAAAGUCUAGGGAGCAAAUCAAAGAGAGUCUGUGGGAUGACCAUUUUGUGGAGUACGGCAGAACCGUAUGCAUGUUUCGCACAGAGAAGAUCAGAAAACUUGUUGCUAUGGGAAUCCCUGAAUCCUUAAGAGGCAAACUCUGGCUGCUCUUUUCAGACGCUGUGACAGAUCUCGCCUCUCAUCCUGGUUACUACGUACAUUUAGUGGAGGCCUCCAUGGGCAAGUGUUGUAUGGUGACAGAGGAGAUUGAGCGUGACCUCCACCGCUCGCUGCCCGAGCACCCUGCCUUCCAGAGCGAGACGGGGAUAGCGGCGCUCAGGAGGGUGUUGACUGCGUAUGCGCACAGAAACCCCAAAAUAGGAUACUGCCAGUCUAUGAAUAUUUUGACCUCCGUGUUAUUGUUAUAUGCCAAAGAGGAAGAAGCCUUUUGGCUUUUGGUUGCUGUCUGUGAACGAAUGCUCCCAGAUUACUUCAACCACCGAGUGAUAGGUGCUCAGGUAGACCAGUCGGUGUUCGAAGAGCUUAUAAAAGAGCAGCUUCCAGAACUGGCCGAACAUAUGAAGGAUCUGACUACCUUAGCUUCCAUUUCUCUUUCAUGGUUCCUCACCCUUUUUCUUAGCAUUAUGCCUCUAGAAAGUGCUGUGAAUGUCGUAGACUGCUUUUUCUAUGAUGGGAUCAAAGCCAUCUUCCAGCUAGGCUUGGCCAUACUUGAAGCCAAUGCGGUGGACUUGUGUAACAGCAAAGAUGAUGGGCAGGCCCUGAUGAUUCUGAGCAGGUUUUUAGAGCACGUUAAAAAUGAGGAGAGCCCUCUGCCACCUAUUGGUAAUCACCAUGCAUUUUUCAGCGAUGAUCAGGAAGCCACUCCAGUGACUGAAAUAGCUAAUCUCAUUCAUGAUUCUUACGAGAAAUUUGGAGACCACUCUGUGGAACAGAUAGAGCAUAUGCGCUACAAACACAGAAUCCGUGUUCUGCAAAGCCAUGAAGACACAACCAAGCAAAACGUGCUUCGAGUUGUCAUCCCAGAUGUUUCGAUUCUUCCUGAAGAUUUAGAGGAAUUGUAUGACCUGUUCAAGAGGGAACAUCUAAUAAGGUGCUACUGGGACACAGCGGGGCCUGCCACUGAGCGACACGACCCCAGCAGGCCAUACGCCGAGCAGUACCGGAUUGAUGCCCAGCAGUUUACUAACCUCUACAAGCUCGUUUCGCCCUGGACAUGCGGGGAGCACACUGACAUCCUCGCUGAGAGGACAUUCCGGCUCCUAGAUGAGAAUAUGGACCACCUCAUUGAGUUCAAGGGGCUUGCCAGCUGCCUAGAUGUCAUGUAUAACGGAGAAAUGAAUGAAAAGAUUAAGUUCCUGUAUAAGCUGCACAUCCCACCUGCUCUCACAGAAGAUGAAAGAGACAGCCAGUCACCACUGAAGAAUCCUUUGCUGUCAACUUCAAGACCAUUAGUCAUUGGGAAAUCAAACGGAGAUGCAGUAGAUUACCAAAAGCAAUUGAAACAGAUGUUGAAGGAUCUAGCCAAAGAAAAGGAUACGAAAACUGAAAAAGAAUUGCCAAAAAUGAGCCAGAGGGAAUUCAUUCAGUUCUGCAAAACCUUGUACAGCAUGUUUCAUGAAGAUCCAGAGGAGAAUGACUUAUAUCAAGCCAUUGCCACUGUGACCACCCUAUUACUUCAGAUUGGAGAAGUAGGACAAAGGAGCAUCAGCCUGGGGAGCGGAUCGGAUGAAUUCAGUGAGGACCUGCAGGCCCAGGCCUCCGCUUCAGACCACGAUGCUGUUUUUAAUGACACUGUGAAGACCCCUCACAGAGACUCUCAGUCUUCGCCUGUGACCGAAGGGGACUGGACCGUCUCUUUUGAACACAUUUUAGCAUCCCUCUUAACUGAACAGUCGUUAGUUAAUUUCUUUGAAAAACCCCUAGAGCUAAAACCAAAACUUGAGAACGCAAAGCUGAAUCAGUAUAGUCUCAAAACAAAUGGAAUGGGCUGCCAGUCACGGAGCGAACAUACAAAGCUAAACACACAGUAGCAACAAACCUAUCAAUCAAAAAGAACGUGCACUGAAAUUAUGCCAAAGCACACACUGUACAAGGCUUUCAGUCAGCAGUGGACUUCUGAUAAACAAUUUGUUAGUUUGUGGCUUUCAGUUUAAAGAGUUUUAAGGCUAAAGGGUAUGCAAGUCGUUUUGUGCCAUCCACUGAGUGUUAAAAGGAAACAUCUGUGUACAGUGGGAAGGCACUGAAGUCCUCUUCCAUAGUGGGAGAGCAGAGGCUGGCUCCUGUUGUCCCUUUUUCUUUUUUUUUUUAAAGAAAAAAACCAAACAAACAGGAAAACUAUUCAGCUACUGUCUGCAGUUUGUUUAGGUUGCCUUUUUUGCACUAAUAACUGAAAACUGUUUCAAUGCUGGGAAUUGAAACUAUUUUAAUAUAUUUGAUUGUAUUCCGAUUUGUAUGUCUUGCUGAAACGUUAAGUGUACAUGGACUGUGCUUUUGAUGUUGGUCUCUGAAAGUAUGCACUUUUCAAUAAACCCUUUUUGUACCAGA